AUGUUAGGUGAAGAAUGUGAUUGGACCAUUCAAUGUCAACGCACAUCAAUGGAUAGCACCAAAGCAUGUUUAACACGGAAGUGUCAAUGUUCAUCUGGUUAUAUUCCAAUUGAUGCAUAUCGUUGCAUACACGAUUUCGUAAUGCCGUUACCGAAUAAACGAGUGGGUAAUUUAGUUGAAAGUGAACCAUUGGGAUUUGGAUCUGCAUGUUCGAUCGAUCGCGAUUGUCAACGAAUGACAACGUAUCUCGAAUGUAUACACGGAACAUGUAUAUGCAAGGCAGGUCAUGUACCUUUGGGGAAAUAUCUAUGUUUCAAUCUGAAUAGCCACGGUUUACCAGUGAUUGAUACAACGCCGAUUGUAGCAAUUCCAUUGAGUUCAACAUCACCAGAUUAUCCAGUAAAAAAUGAAGUGAUCAAAUCAUUGGGUAAACUUGGGAAUUCAUGUACAAAUGAUUAUUUUUGUCGUCGAACUGUACCACAAUCACAUUGCUACAAUGGGCAUUGUACGUGCUUAGAAGAUUUCAUAUCGAUGGAUCAAUAUACUUGCAUGAAACGUAUGGAUGAAGAGACAACGACUAGAACUACUCCAAUUCCAGUUGACUAUAAAAGUUUACUAGGAGGAAAAUGUUCAAUCAAACGUAAUUGUCAUACUUACAAUGCCAUAUGUUUGAACUCCAUUUGUACAUGUCCACAAGGCUAUUUUCCUGUUGACGAUUGGACCUGCUUAGAAGCACCAGAAUCAUCCGACGAAGAAUCGAUCGAAACUACAACGAUAAUCACAACAACAACGUCAGCAAUGCCGACAACGACAACUAUAUUUCGCUGGUGGCCAUGGUCACCAACGCCUACAACAAGUCUUCCUCUACAAAAUGCAUUUCGUGUUCGUUGUUUACUCAAUCGACAAUGUGCUAGUAUGGACAAAAAUUCACAUUGUACAUUAUUCGGUCGAUGUAUAUGUAACCGAGGUUUUCAAUUACAAACAACAAUGAGAGGACAACAUUGUAUUUCACAAACAACAAAUGAACACGAUUGUGACUGA